CUCCUUACAGAUGACAAUAAACCAAACGCGCUCCCUACAUAUAUACAAAGAACCCAGCAGCAAGCAAGGACGUAGUGUCCGGCCAAGCAGACACAGUUGUUUCAUUUCUCGUCCUUCAAAUGGCGGAGCUCUCUGCGGACCCACCACCUAAGCGCCUCCAUAAUCUUUUCCCUGUGGCUGAAACCGCCGCAAAUGCUACAGCCACUGACAGAAUCAGUGAGCUCCCCGACGCCCUCCUCAUCCAAAUCCUCUCCCUCCUUCCAACCAAGCAGUCCGUCGUCACCGGCUCCCUUUCGAAACGCUGGCGCCCGCUCUGGGCCUCUGUCCCUAUCCUUGACUUCACUGACGGCAUCGCGGGGACCGUCGACCGGCCCGAAAGGAAUGAAUCAAAAUCCCGCGAGACCAGCGGGUUCUCGGAGUUCGUCUACGCCGUGCUCCUGCUGCACGAGGCCCGGUCAAUUACCCGGUUCCGCCUGCGGUGCUCCCACUGGAGCUGCUCUCAGCGUGACAUAGCCACGUGGCUGAGCCAGGCUGCCCGGCGAGGUGUCGAGCAGCUCGAGCUCAGCCUGUCACUGUCGCGCUACGUGGCUCUCCCGCGGAAGCUCUUCAAUUUCGAAACCGUUGUGGAAAUGAAGCUCGACGGCGUGUUCUUGAACGCGCUGGCGGGCUUCUCUGUGUCUCUCCCUUCGCUGAAGGUGCUGCACGUUGGGGAUAGGGUUUUGUUUGGGUGCCAUGAUUACGUGGUGAAGCUUCUCGCUGGAUGCCCUGUUCUUGAAAAAUUGGUAUUGGAAUCAACCUACAGUGAUGCAUGUGGAGGACCCGUGUGUGCUCAGGGGAUGUUUGAUUUGAAUUUGAAUCGUUUGGUGAAGGCUAGGAUUGGGUUCUCUUGGUACAAGACCUGCACCAAGUCUAUAUUCUUGAUCAUCAAUUCCCUCUCCAAUGUUCGAUGCCUUUCUAUUUUGUCCUCAACGGUUGAGUGUCUAAAGGAUUCUAGUGCAAGUGAUAUUCCAGUGUUCAACAAUUUAGUUCAGUUGGAAAUUUCAUUUGGAAAUUAUUCUUGGGAUUUGUUAACAUACUUGCUUCAGCAUUCCCAAAAGCUUGAAGUUCUUACCAUCUACAAGGAAUCACAAAAACAUGCAAAUGGGCAAGAACCAGCUUGGAACCUUCCACUGGUUGUUCCUGAAUGCGUCUUAUCGCAUCUCAAAGCAUUCUGGCUUAUGGAGUUUCAAGGAUUGGAUUGUGAGAUGGGCUUUCUCAGGUAUGUUAUGCAAAAUGCAAGAGUAUUGGAGACAAUGAAAAUCAGUAUGGCAAGCUCGUUAGAUCCACAGACAAAACUCCAAAUUCGCAGUUCUGUAACUGCGCUUCAACUGAACUUUCAAAGCUGUCAAAUUACAUUCCAUUGAACAUGAUGUCAGAGAAGGAAAUGCUAGUAGCAGUUUCUAGUGCAGAAACAGUUAUCAUGUAGAGAUGUCACACAACAAAUUCGUGUCAGAAGUUUUAGGGAGUCAAUUUUGGUAUGGACUGUAUUGUUUUUCAGGAGCUUUUGUUUGUAAGAAAUAUUCUGAA